CGCGGCUCAGUCUGCCGCCUCGCUGCAUCCAGACGCACAUCCACGGUGCUGCCGACGGAAUUAGUGAGCUUUUACAUUUUGGAACAUGUCCAAGCUUAGUGUGGUAGGCGUUGCCUGAUAACCGUAUGAAGUGGACGCCGAAAUUCUACCCUCAGCAGCUUUUGUGAGAUGUUCUGCAUUUUCCAUGGCAAGAUAUCUGUUUCCAUGGGGGCUCUUCAGGAAGCCUCUGUACAUUCAGACAAGUGGAGACGCAUGCUGGACUGCUACUGCUACUGGCGCGUAAACUCUCCAGGGUGGUUCUUUUCCUCAACAUGUUAAGUGGAUCACUCUUCAUGCACAUACUGUAUUAUCUGUUUGCCAGUGAUAUCAGGCAAAAUCUGCAUAAAUAUCUCUAUGUCAUUCACUCCCCUCAGCCCUCUCCAUCUUUUGUUUCUCUGUUUUCAUGUCUUUCUCUGCACAGCAGCCCAUUAACCGGCAACCGCUGAGGGAUAGCUUUAUAAUCAUGCAUAAUGGAUGAAUGUGCAGGCUGCAAAAACCAAGUGUCAGAACAGCAUUGUGCUGCUCUUGAUCAGCUUUAAUCCCCUCUCUGCUUCACUAGCUCAACAUCAGGCCAGAUUUUCCUACCUACGUAUGAAGUACCUGUUCUUCUCCUGGCUGGCAGUGUUCGUGGGCAGCUGGAUAGUGUACGUAGAGUACUCUUCCUACACAGAGCUGUGUCGUGGGCACGACUGCAAAAAUUCAAUAUGUGACAAAUACAGAAAAGGAAUCAUUGACGGCUCUGCCUGCAGCAGCCUGUGUGAGAAAGACACGCUUUAUCUGGGGAAGUGUUUCACUGCCAAGCCCAACAGCCAGGUGUACUCAGGGAGCUGGGGCGACCUGGAGGGAGUCAUUAAGUGCCAGAUGGAAGAGGCGCCUCAUUAUGAUUUGGGAAGUGAGAUGGAGCCAAGGAAGGAGGCUGCGGCUUUCAACAAGCCCACCAAGGGGACCUCUGUGGAGAAGUUCAGAGAGAUGAUCCUCAACCACCUAAAGGCUAAAGUGGGGGAUCAGGCCAACCUCGCAGACCUGGCAACCCAGGUAUUAUCCAUAACAGAUGCCAAUAAGGAUGGUCACAUCUCACUGCCUGAGGCUCGCUCCACGUGGGCUCUGCUGCAGCUCAAUGAAUUCCUCUUAGCUUUAGUUCUGCAAGACAGAGAGCACACGCCCAAGUUACUGGGCUUCUGUGGAGACCUGUAUGUGAUGGAGAAGGUGCCAUAUUCUCCGCUGUACGGGAUCAGCCUACCCUGGAUCAUAGAGGUGUGGAUUCCUGCCGGUCUGCGUCGAAGCAUGGACCAGUGGUUCACGCCCUCCUGGCCACACAAGGCCAAGAUCUCAAUUGGACUGCUGGAACUGGUGGAGGAUGUUUUCCACGGCACUUUCGGCAGCUUCCUCAUGUGUGACGUGAGCGCCACCAGUUUCGGCUACAACGAUCGCCAUGACCUGAAGGUGAUGGAUGCGCGGUACAUUGUUCCUGAAGCAGUCUUCCAAGAAGGCAUUAGGCAGCAGCGCUGCGAUGUGGACGAGGAUUGUCUCUACGGGGCAGACUGCCUCACUUCCUGUGACCUCACGAAGCACCGCUGCACACCCGAGGUCACCAGGCCAAACUUAGCCAAAGCCUGUGAAGCACUCAAGGACUAUAUUCUGAGAGGUGCUCCAUCUGAUGUGAGAGAGGAGCUUGAGAAGCAGCUGUACGCUUGCAUCGCACUGAAAGGGUCAGCAGAACAGAUGGAAAUUGAGCACUCACUAAUUCUGAAUAAUCUCAAGACUUUGCUAUGGAAGAAAAUCUCUCAUACUAAAGACUCCUAAUGAAUACACAGAGGCACAAAGACCAAUUCCUGUCCCAUAAAGUUUUUAAAUAAUAUCAGACUGUCUGUUUUCACUGUGGAAACUAGUAUACAAUUCCCCUUGUAUUCACCUGUACAUGUAUAACUGAUGUAUUUUAUCCUGAAGCAGUUGUCAAGGAAUGUUACUUUCAUAUUAAAUCAUGUGAUAAGUAAACUUUAAUAUACUGCUGCAAAGUGAGCAAGUGCAAUUUUUCGAAACCAUGACAAAUCAAUAAAUUUGACUUGUCUAGUA